UAUCGAUGAACGAUAGAACUUAUUAUUGUCAUUACUAGCGUUAUGGCCGACCAGAUGGAAACAAGCCAAAUUUUUACGAGCAAUCUAGAAUAUGCGGCUAGAACUAAAGAAUCCCAGCGAGAAAUAGCACAAAAAAUCAAAACAGGCGAGUACAAGCUGCUGCGCAAGGAUCAACGCAGCACCGUUUGGAAAGUGUACCGGGUAAUCAUUGACUCCGACGGUACGCCACUGAGAUCGUCGUAUUUUUGCACCGGAUGUAAUCGAGUGUUAAAAUCCGGCAGUGGCAACACAUCGAAUCUCCGCAUCCACAAGUGUCACGUCAAAUAUAUGAGACAUCUUCACAAGGACAAAGAGGAGAGACACGCCAUGGAGAAACAACAGGAUGACAUUCGUGAUAAUAAGCUGGAGUAUACACAAGCGGAGAUGAGGCAGCGAACGUAUCGCAAAGAUAAUCCCACCCGACACGAAUGGUGCGCCAAUGGCACCAAAAUGCUUCUGCAGCUGUGGGCAGUGUACAUUGAUGAUUUGCGCGGCAAGCGCAAGAAUAGCCAUGUUCAUAGGGAAAUGGCACUGAAAAUGAAACAUUUCGGGGCAAGUCCUGUCGAAGUCAAAGCCAAAAUGGACAAUUUGACCAAGAAAUAUCGCAAGGAGGCGAAGGAUGUUCAAUUAUUUGGGAGGCCAUCCAAGUGGGAGCAUUUCUAUAGACUUCAGUCACUCCUAAUUGGCACCAAAGCCGUUGAUCUAAGUAGCGAUUUUACGUUCGACUGCAGAGCCUCUUCAGAUGACGACAAGGAUGCAAUGGAAAGUGCAACUGAUGAUAUCGAUGAGGCGUAUGCUGAAGAGGACGAAGAGGACAAUUCCCAAGAUGGGCUACUCCAAGACGAAGAAGAGGAGGAUGAUUAUAUACCAGACAACAUGAUAGAGAAUAUAGAAGUCCCCUCUGUUCGACCAUCUUUGGGGAAAUACGCCGAGACUAGCAUGGUAGAGGAAAUGGAAUUGCCUUCUUCAAGACCGUGUUUGGAGAACUACGAAGAGGAGCUCGAUAAGCAGAACCUAACUAUAGAACAAAAGUACAAAGCUAAACGGAAAAGAGAAGCUAGAUUGCUGGAAAUAGAAGAGGAAAAGCUGGCCAUAGAGAGGGAAAAACUGAAAACGAUGAAAUACUUAAAGCAGGAGCUUUCAUCCUUUCAUAAGGACAUGUUUAGGCUGCUUAACCACAACAAUUAAUCUGCAAUUGACAAAUAAGAAAUGUACAAGUAACAAUAAACAUAAUUUUUUUUUCCUAACAUA